CGCGUUUCCCCGCACGGCGACGGCGAGGAUGGCUGCGGAUAGAUUUCAGCUGCGGCCUAGGAAAAGCGAGACAACUUGACCUUCCUCCCGCCAUGCCUUUCGCAGGUCGCUUCCCUCGGCCAAUGGGCGCUUUGCAUCGGAGGAGCUGGUCGCCAUGGAGACGGAUGCAGGCGAAAGGAUGCAGCUGAUGGUCGAGUGAGGGGGAAGCAGCCUGGCGAAGCGGGGCAGGGGGAAGACAGGGAGGCUUGGGGUCGUGUGAAGGUGGGGAAGGGACGAGCAGCCCCUGCUUGAGGUGGUAGGAGAGAUACUCCGCCAUGCCAGUGACACAAGCCCUGCAGGGGAUUAAGCCCCCGGUCCACGACCAGAUUACAGAGCUGCAGAACAAGAUACAACUCCUAGAAGGUGAUCGGAAAGCUUACUAUGAGAACACCCAAUGGAACAUUAAGAAGAACAAGGAGUCUAUUUUGCUACUGAGAAAGGAGAAUAAGAAGUUGCACAAAACGUUGGCAGAUCGCCUAGCGGGAGAAGAAAAAGUCAUCAAGGCUGCAUUCCACGAACAUCCAGCUGAGCAAGGGUCUGUGAAAAAUAAAACUGGAGAGGGUGCUAUUCAGAUCAUCAAUCACCGGCUAUGUGAGAAAAUCAAUCAGUUAAACAACCUGAAGCAUCAGGUGGAGAUGCGGAAACGCAGGCUGGAAGACCUACAGCUUCAGUAUGGUGUUAAAACAAAAGAGAUCACUGAAAUGCAAGAAAUGGAAGAACGGAAUAUAGAGGCAGCUAAGACUCUGCGAACGCUGGAGAACCGACUGGAAAAGGCCCGAUUUAAGACUGAUGAGGCCCAACGCAUCACCGGCAUGUACCAGAAACUAAAAUCGCAUAUGCAGGAGCAGAGCCUGCACUUCCAGAACAAGCUGGAUGCUAUGGAAGCUGAGAUCUUACGCCUGCGCAACGAGCUUAAAGACCUGGAAAGCGUGAACAUGGAAGCCCAGCAUACUCGUGACACAGCCAGGGCACAGCUCCUGAACCAAGAAGAAAUCAUCUACCGAGAACGGAAAAUUCGUGAUAAGAAGCUGAAGGAGCUGAAGAAGCUGACCGAGGAAAAGAGAGCACAGAAUGAGCGUACAGAGAGGCGGCAGUCUCAGAAGGAUCGUAUCCCAUUUGGAAGUGACGAUGUACUCAAGGAGCCCCAGGUCAAGAAAUCAACUAUCCUGAAAAGCAAACAAGCCAUGUUCACUGCAGCGGAGGCCUUUGACAAGAUCCGAGUGGCCACUGGCGUCACAGAUGCGAAUGACGUUAUGGCCUGCUUCGCGGCUCAACAAGAAACCUUCAGGCACCUGGAGGAAAUGAAGAAUGAGAAUGAAGAGUCCCUGGUGCGACUAAAAGAGGAGAGGGAUUUAUUGCAACGUGAACUUGAGCACACCAAAUACUCGGGAGAGGCCCGGAAGGUGGGGGCCCAGAACCUUAUGAAGGAGUUACGCGCGCACCUGCAAAAGGAAGAGAAGAGGCGUGAUGCAACCCGGGAAGAGCUGUCCAGGGUGAACAAGGUUCUGCUCAAUGCCAAAACUGGAGUGGAGCAUUUGGCCUCCAAAGUGCAGCACAUCAAGCUGGAAGAUAGCCGCUUUGCUUCUACCCAAUUGAACGAGAAAGCCAGUGAUUAUAUCCUUGACCUCCUGGCCCAGACAGAGGCGAAGCUGCUGUUCCUUAUGGAUUCUCUCAAGAAUCAAGACAAGAUGGAACUUCUCCGGAGAAUUGAAGACGUGGAGUUCCAUUCUAAACUUGAGAGAAGGCUGCCUGCCUACAAUACGAGGGUCAAACUACCCACCGCACAGAAGCCAGACAUGUAUUAUGAUGAGGAGGAUAGCGGAGAGGAUGAUGCGGAUGUGGUGACCCGUGCAGCCCUGAAGCGUCAGUCCCAGCAGAUAAUAGAAUCGAAGACCAAACGUCGCACCCGCUACAGAAAGAAGGAUGGGAAGCUGCAUCCUAUGUAGCCUCACCCCCCGUAACUUCCCCUGGUCCUGCAGUGCUCCAGAGUCCUUGGCUAUUAAAGGUGCCUCCCAGCCACUGACCUUCCGUGUGAGCCAGUCCCACACUUCACUCCCGCCAAGUCGGCAGGCCCCAGGAAAGGAGAAACAUGACCGCUUUGUGGAUCUGUUUCCCAUGCCGGAAGAGAGCAGGCAGGGACCUGCAGUGAGCUGCAGCCAGUGCAUAGCUCCUGCUCUCCCUGCCUUUCAGCUCUCACCUAUGUGAAAAGCAUGGGGUCUUCAGUGGGUGGGGUGGGGUGGGGUGGCUUGGCCCUGGUGUUUGUCAGGAAGGAAGAGGCUGCACCUCGCCCACCUCCCAGCUAACUCAGACUCUUUCCCAGAAUCUCUCAACCCUGAGCAGAGAUACUCCCCACCGUGCCCUUAGUUUGACUGAUUUCACCCCUUGCUCCAGCCACAAUCACCCCCCUGGUAUAUCUGGAUGGAGGUGGGGGGCUCAGAGUCAGUUACACUCUGGUUGCGGAAUGGGGUUACUAUGUGCUGUGUUUGCUGUGUAUGAUGCAAUAAACCCUGUUCAGGCUGA